UUUCUCAAGUUCCCAAGCAAGCCUGUUUAAAGACUCUCCUCCUCUGCUCCAGAAUAAAGCCAAUGUUCAAGGUAAUGAAGAUCAAAUUUCAAAUUACUUGAGCCCUUCUGAUGAAUCUUUGCAGUUAACUUCGCCUGCUCUGUUUAAUCAAUUUAUGAAUGAUAAGAACGAGCUUGAUUAUACCAUUUCCUCAAGAUACUAUUUUUCCAUGGCUUAUUUAGAGCAAUUUCUUGCCAAGAAUCUGAACUGGAACACCAAGUUCAAGAAUUUCGACCAGCCACUGAAAACUUAAAUUUAGCAGCCAGAAAGAAGUCUGCUCCAAUAAACUGCCAGAUGCCAGACAUCCCCAACAGGGAAAUGUUGAGGCUUAUUAAGAAGUUCUUCAACGAGUUGUUUCUGUUCCAUAACGAUAAAGUUAGAAACAGACGACUCAUCACUGUUCACUCCUCUGUUACUUUGGAAGCUCUCAGGCAGUUGGUCAGAGUGUACAUGCCAGAUGUUUCAGCAGAGUUUAUGGCUGAGUUUCUGUUUAAGUUCUUGAACAUACAUUCAAAAGAUUCAUGUCAGUUGGAGUCGGAUGCUGCAGAGCAAGGAUUCAGAGUGUUUCAAUGCUCGCACAGUUACAAAAGGCAAGAAUUUAUAUGUCUACCUGAAUGUGAGUAUUUCAGACAUCUGAUUAUAUCUUACAUGAACAUUAAGAACACUCCUUUAUUGUCUGUGCUGAGUCUUAGGUUAGACUAUGUCUGGGAGAACCAAUUCCAUACAUCUGAAGCAAAGCUGGCUAAAAUUCUGAACAAGUCAUUGUACAAGAAAGAAGAAGCCCUGGUUGAAGAGAGCCUGCAAUGAACAUAUGAAGAGUAAUCGCAAACGAA